AAGAAGGCUGUACUGUAAACUCUUCUCCAAUCAAAAUUUGGGCAUAAACCCAUGACCCGACUCCGACCCGUUUCUCUUAAUCGGACCUCAUCAUUCUAGGGUUUUUCUCUUUCUUCGUAGCUGCUACCUCCACCUCCAUCCAUGGUGAUCUAACCAUAUACAACAAAAUUAAUCAUAGCAUAGCUUAUAUAUACCGCUGAAUUUCGAUCUGAGAAUUUGAAUUUUCGAUUUUGCGUUUUUGGGGUAAAAAAUCAUGGUGGCGUUCAAAAAUCGAUACAUGGUGAUGGAGGUUUUUGCGAACCCUAAUAACGAUCAAGUGGGGGGUGACCCAGUUAUAAUUACCCAGUUUAAUGUCACAAAAGCUAUCAAAGAUAGCAUCUUGGUGAAUUUUGGGGAGUGUGGUUUGGCUUCAUCACUGGGAUCAUUGCAGGUUAAGUAUGUGAAUCCAAUCACUAAUGUGUGUAUCAUUAGGACUUCAAGGGAGGAUUAUCAACAUGUAUGGGCUGCUAUUACAAUGGUCAGAAGUAUUGGAAAUUACCCAGUGAUGUUUAACAUGCUGGAUUUAUCUGGAAGUUUACAGGCUUGUAAAAAAGCCGCUUUGAAGUGUGAGGAAUCAAAGUUUGAGCAGUAUAAACUUAAGGUUGGUGAUCGAUUCUCAGAUGAUGAUACUCAUCGCAUAAAUAGCUACCUUGACCGUAUCAAAGUUCUGGAGCACUGAAUAUUUGGCCACCGGCAAGUGCCUCAUUAAGCUUUCUCAGUUUCUCGCAAUUAGAUUGUGUUCAAUCACAAAUUGCCCACAACUCUAGGUGAGGUUUAAAUCUCUAUAGUCAUAGGUUUUGUGUUAUCUAUGCUAUGCUAGUUCAAUGCACACAGCAGAUACUGUCUCACUUACCAUUUCUCCUGGAGUGUACCUGUGGUAAUACCUAAUGUAUGGAACAGAGUUACAGAGUUGAACCAUGAGAGAAGAGGCUUGUAGAAAUGUGUAAAUUUGCAAUUUUGUUUGCUCUUAUAAUUAGAAAUCAACUAAAUUUUAUUUGUCUUUAACAAUGAUAAGAUUUUUCAUAUUAGUUCGCACAUGAAUAAAAAUCCUUGUUAAUCUA